UGGACUUAUUUGUUAAAGAUGCUAUAUUGAUAUAUGUAGCAUUAGAUAUUUUAUCCAAAAUAACCACAAAUUAUAACCGCCUUAAUAAAAUACUUCUUGAAGAUGAAUGGGAAUUUAUGUUGGAAAUGAUAAAUAUAUUAGGCCCAUUCUGA